AUGCCGGAGCUGCCUCAGCCGGAAUCCCAGAUCAACUCCCUAGACGCCUGGUUCGCCCAAAUCGACGAGACCCGGCGAGCGGCGCACGCGGCAUUGCAAAGAGCCAAAGCCGACUACAAGAAGCACGCGGACUGCAAGAGGCUCCCCGAGGAGAAAUGGAAAGUGGGGGACCAGGUGGACAUGUGGAAAGAUUUAGAGAUAAGUCACUUAGAAAGACGAAAUGCAACCAGUAUAACAGAAUUCAUCUUAAUUGGAUUUCCGAAUCCUUGGAAGAUACAGAUUCUCCUUUUCCUGCUGUUCUUCCUCAUGUUGGUGGCCACAAUGAUUGGUAAUACCCUAAUCAUAAUUCUGGUAUUAACUGAUUACCGCCUCCAGUCACCAAUGUAUUUCUUCCUUUGUAACUUGUCUAUAAUUGAAAUCCUGAUAACCCUAACGGUGGUUCCAAAGAUGUUGCAAAGUUUCUUACUGGAGCAGAAGAAAAUUUCCUUCUCUGGGUGCUUCAUUCAAUCAUAUUUCUACUUUCUGUUUGGCACCUCUGAAUAUGUCCUCUUGGCUAUGAUGUCUUAUGAUCGGUAUGUAGCCAUAUGUUAUCCCCUUCAUUACACUACUAUCAUGAGUGGGAAGGUCUGUAUCUCUCUGGUGUUAGCCUCCUGGAUGAGUGGCUUCUUUUCCAUUCUUAUUCCCACUGUGAUGAAGGUGGGUUUGCCUUACUGUGGGCCCAAUGUGAUCAAUCAUUUUUUCUGUGACAGUGCCCCUUUGCUCCACUUAGCUUGUGCUGACAUCCACCUAGUGGAGUUUAUUGAUUUCCUUGUCUCACUUCCUAUUAUUCUGGGUUCCCUUUUACUGACAUCAAUCUCUUACAUUUAUAUUGUAAGUACUAUUCUGCAUAUUCCUUCUGCCACAGGAAGGCAAAGGGCUUUCUCAACUUGUGCUUCCCACUUUACAGUAGUUUCAAUUGGCUAUGGCACCUCAAUCUUCAUUUAUGUCAGGCCUUCUCAAACCAGCUCUAUGAAUCUCAACAAAAUUGCCUCUUUGAUUACUACUGCAAUAACACCUCUGCUAAACCCCAUCAUAUUCACUUUUAGAAAUCAGAAAGUCCAAGAAGUUUUCAAAGACUUCAUUCAUAAGCUCACAGACACAUCCAAACAACUAGACUGA